AGGAUAUUUUGAGGUUCCUUAGAGAUACUUUGUUUCUUAUAGUGCGCGUUUGACAGAGAGAUGGUGGAAAAUAUGAUGUUUAGAAAAAGUACAACCUAAAUGAGAUGAGUGGAAUAUAAUGGAAGAAAGUCCAAGGAAAAAGGAAACGAAGGUUCCCUUUCUCCGUUCGAGGACGGGGCUUCCCUGCAGGAAGUGGAAAGACUUUCAGUUUCGUAAUGUGGAGAUACGCGCGGUACUUCGUCUUUUCUCCUGCGAACCGAUGUGACCAGAGCCAUCAUUGGCUUUUUAUAUUUCGUGGAUCAUCGAACAAAAACGUGGUGUUCAUUAUAACUCGUAGUAAGCAGUGAAGAAACCAUCGUUUUAAUUCUCAGCUGAUAUCGUUGAAUCCUAAGAAACAGAUUGAUUAUCUCCUUCUUGUUCUUAUCUAUAUAGACUAAAAAGAUUCCUGAUACUGGCAUAAGAGGGACGAUAUCUAAACCAUCCAUUUGUUGGGGUGACAAAUAGUUUAUACAAUUGAAAUUCAUAUAAUAGUAGCUCACCAAUUUUCCUCAUUACUUAUUAUCUUUUGUUCGCACAAUAGGAGCUCACGUUCAGACAAAUGAAUUCAACCAGCAACAGAAUAAACGCAGUUCGGAUAAAGACUCCUUUUGUACAGAGAGAUAGUGCCGUGUUUCAAUAUUAAUGCGAGUAACUGUCCAUAUCAAAGCAAUGUCGAACUAUGUCAAACGACGUCAAGCAACAUGAAACAUCAUCAUGAACAUGAUGAAGACAUCAUCAUCAUGAAGACACGUGAAGGGAACUGAAGCGUGAGAAUGUCCUCGCAUGAGAACCGCUGGCAAUGAGGAAUCGCUAGGAAGAGCGGACGAUUUUAAUCGCUGGCUUCAGGAUGGGACAUCGCAAACAGACAUCAUGAAGAGUAACAACGACCGAGCACGUAACCAACCGCGUAAGUCUGGUGAAUGGGAAAAGGAGAAGCCCGUUGUGUAUAUGCCUGUAUGUAUUGGUGUAAGCACGUGUCGUUGCGUUAUAUACGUGUGGACCAGUCAACGCCGGACGUCCCACUAAGAGUACGAAACGCUCGAAGGUAGAAAGGUUCGUAGAUUCUUUCGUCCCGAUCGAAAUGCGGAACGUCCAUGGGAACAUGGAGUAGAAUCCCAAAGCGAGUAAAAAGCGACAGUGCAUUAGAAAGGGAAUUUUCAGCAAAUCGAAAUUUAGCCGGGCAUCAAGCGAUGCGUGGAAACUGUUUCUUUUGUCAUUCGUUAUUUUUUUUUCUUUCAUAGCCAUUAUAUUUUUUAAUAUACCGUAUAUUAUAUAUUUAUGAUUUGUGAGGUUUAUAUAUUUAUGAUUGGUACAUCGCGAUUGUUCUGAGAUUUCGUGAAUAUUCUAGUUCACGUUUUCAGGGCAGAUAGAAAAUGAUUCGUGGGGAAUUGAAAUUAAAAUUUGAAAUAGAGAUUUUGGUUUAUAGAAUCGUAUUCUGAAUAGUGUGUUUCGUAUCCUGUACUGUUUUUCAUACAGUUAGGUACUAGGUAAUGAGAUCGAUACGAAGAGAAAGCUUUUUUGUCUCGUGAACGAUUUAGGUUGAAUUGGCAGUAAGCAUUUUGAUUUUAAAAGGUAAGAGUUUUGAACAGUGUGAUUUAUGGUGAAGUAUACGUUAAGUAAUAGGAUUACUGCGAAAUAGAAUCUCUCUUUCUCAUAAAAUGAAUCUCUUCUUUCUUGUUCUUUUAUAAUACAUAAAGUUGGAAGUACACCGUGACAAAUGGUAGAAAUUGAAACACAUAUCCCUCUCUCCAAUAUAAUUACUCUUUUUUCAUUAUCACUACUUUAUUUCCUACGUAAUAUGAAAUGGCAAAACCAUAAAACGACAAAUGGAUUUGAAAAUUAAAAGAGAAAAGUAUAAGGAAAGAAGAAAGAGUUUAAUAAUUGGUGAUUGUUUUAUGGCUCGAUGGAUUUGAGAGUGAAACUUUUUCAAAGAUGAACCAUGAAUAAGUGCAACUACGAAGAAUGCAUGUGAAACGGUCAUGGGAACAUGGAGUAGAAUCUUAAAGACAAUGAAAAGCGACAGUGUGUUAGAAAGGUAAUUUGCAGUAAAUCGAAAUUCUAACAACUCUUGCGAAUUGCGUUCAGACCAUUUCCUUACAACUUCUUCCAUUUUUUGUUAUAAAUAUUAAAAUUAUUAAUUGCUAAUUUUACAAGUGUUGCGAGUUUUCCUUAAUUAAGUAGUAUUGAUCGAUAGAGGCUAAGUAAAUUGCGACUCCCUCUCUUCUUUUAAAGAGAUGCUAAAAUUACAGUUAAAGCAGUAAAAGUAAUGUGCUUUAACAUUCCUCUUUAUAACAAAUAUUAUGUACACUCGGAAGCUUCUUCCGCUCUUUCUAUUUCCUAAAACGAAACUGACUCGAGAUUUCACCUUUGUACGUGACUUCGUUCGCAAUUGCAAUUGCAUUCAUUAUGUUCGCAGUGUACGGAGAUUUAUUUAACCGUGAUUCCGUGCAGUUUAUCUUCACCACACGUUUACUUAUGUCCAAACAGCGAUAUUUCUUCUAACACACUUUAUGGAUGAACGUGCAUCCUGUAAGAAUAAUAUGUGGUUGUUAAUGUUGUAAGUAUUCAAAUACUUUCAUGAGCCAGUGAGCCAAAAUCUCGAUGCCUGAAAACAUUCAAAUCCUAAAUCUUAAAAACAUUUAUAAAAGAAUAACGUCGUAGAGAAACAGAAACGCAGAAGUAAGCGCAAUUGUAACGAUGUCGAGACCACUCGACGGAAUAAAACUUUUUUUUUUUAUCAGAUCUGUAUGUGAAACGGAGUCAUGGGAAAACAGGGCAGAAUCUCAGAGAGUUAGAGCCGCCUUACAAAAGAGAGACAUUGCAAGCGCGUUGGAAAGGAAGUUUUGUGGAAUGAGGCUUGUCAGCGACGUUUUGCGGGCCAAAUGAUAUUCUCUUAUACGGUAAACAUUCCAGGAAAAGUCCAAGGCAGUAAAGGGAUUUUUCUGCCAUUUAGAAGCUAUUAUGAAGGAAAUUAAAGGUGUUUAGAAUGAUAGAUGGCAGUUCGAAUACCUUAUUGAAUAGAAUUGGCUGAAAGAAUGGCGUGACAAAAACGGACAAAGUUUAAACACCUUUGGACACAGGAGAAAGGCAAAUACUCUAAAAAUAGGACCAAUUACUUCAGUAUAAAAUGCUAAAUUCUCUUAAAUUUUACCAUUAUAACUUAAGAAACUCAAAUACAUUAACUACAUGUCAGAGGUAAACACUAAAACUAAAGAAAAUUAAUUAAAUCCAGGAAAAAAAAAGAAAUUAAUUAAACUCUGAUUGAAAACAUUUCAUUAAAACACGAUUAAAAAAUCAGUUCAGACUAACGAAGAUCUAUUAAUGCGCUUUCCUUCCCAUGAAGGAACAAUUAUAUCAACUAAAUACAACAAAUCACUCAACAAAUCAUGACGUCAACUUAACGAGCCAUCAUAGCCGCAACAAAUUCGGUUUCCAUCGCAGACAGUCGUCCAUUUAUUAAACCGUACAAGCAUAAAUCCUUUUCCAUAGUCUCAAAUCCAUUCAUUCACUAUCACGGCGAAUCAUCCUGUCAAAAAUAUUGGGUCAAGAGGCUUAGGAAACCUAUUUUUAGUUUUUUAAGUGUAGUCAAUUUUCAGCAAAAGUCCAUAACAAACACUUGACAGUAAUAGAUCAAGAUAGAUAUCAAAGUGCUAAUCAACAAGUCUAAUCAACAAAUUCUAUGAUCAACAAAAGCAACUAAGUAAUUAUACUCGGUUAAAAAAGUGAAAGAAAUUCCGAUAUUGUGUAAAUUACAAAAUAACAGAAUCGGUUACAAUAUACCGUAUAAAUUAAAAAUUAGCAAUUUCAUUGAAGUUACUGAAUAGUAUGUAGUAUAGCUGAAGGAAAAAUAUUCGAACUCGAAUUCGCCUAUUGGUUUCGUAUUAGCAAAUAGAAAGGAUGAACAUCUGAAAUAAGAUCGAAAGUAGAAUCGAGGCAAUCAAGGUCAGACUAUACGUCAAACCUUUUGAGGUCAGAAUAACUCCCUUUUUUGUAUUUCAAAUGUUAUUUAUUUCUAUCGCAAGUAUGUUUACAUUAUUAUUAUUAUUAUUAUUAUUAUUAUUAUUAUUAUUAUUAUUAUUUUAUACAAGCGAAGGUUCUUUAAAUAAUGUAAUAGUGCGUAAUUUUGUACACAGGUAUUUCCAAAUUCAAUCUAACCCAUGAAAAGUUUACAAACUAAUUAUUAAAAAAUCGAAAGAACUUCGAUAUUAUUAAAAAAAAAAAGAGAGCGCAUCAAAAUUCAUUCCUAUUUUAGGAAAUAUACAAAAAGAAGGGAAAAGGAAUAAUUUCGAAACUUUUAUUUUUAACAACCAAUAGAAAGUAUUUUCGUGCUCGAGAGUUCAUUAGAUAAUUAUUUAAGCGUGUCACGUAGCAUGAAGAAAAAUCACGGAAAACCGAGCGAGCUGCACCAUUCAUUAGAGCAACCACCUGGCUACUGCAUUAUUAGAAACACGUAUACGCGUUAUAAAAAGCUGUUGCACUGGUCUGAGAUUAACUUUUUAAAGGGACCGUUACGCACUAUUACGAAAUUAAUGAAGUAACAAAUAUUUUUAAGAAUUAUACAAUUAAUUGUAUAAUUAUUGGAAGAUGAUUUAUUCUUUUAAUUUAAAUUAAUUAUACAUGUAUAUCAAUAACUUUCAUUACACUUUGUAGUAAAACGUUUGCUUCAACUUAAGUAAAAUUAGUUAUCUUAUAAGCGAAAAUCUAUUUACAAAUUUAAAUAAUCCCUAAUUACAACAAAGCCAUUGAAAGACACCAUUAGCUUCUUCAUAAAUUAUAUAAUAUUUUCAAACAUAUUAAAUAAAAGAGUUUGUCUUAUGUACUGAACUGUCUACUAGAUUUUAUACAAUAAUGGCAAUACCUUUUAAUUAAACUCUUCUUAGAACAUCCAGGAACUAAUUCUCCUCCGUUCUAUUUAUUUUGCUAAGACGUUACGUCACUCAUCUCUACUUUACUUUUUAUUGUUAACGAAAGGUGGUAGUAUUUUCUGUCUCGAGCAACCUAGAAAAUCGACUUCCGUUCUCUCUUACAGAUUAGUGGUACAGUAAAUGAAUUUAGUAAAGAACCGAUGAUUACAUUGCAAAUAAAAGUGAAACGAGGAAGUUUUAAUUAUUUCUUCUUCUCCUCUUGAGUUGCAUAAACUAGGAAACAUAAAUUCAUAUUAAUUAUCAUGAUCUAUUGAAAAAAAUAAUAUCUUUCAACUGUGUAAUUUCUUUAAACAUUUUUUGAUAAUUUUUCUUUGUCUCAAAUGUAAAUUUAUAUCUAAGUUUAUUAUUUUCUCUUUAUACUGAAAUAUUAUUUCUUUACCUAUAAAUAAAAUGUGAAGAUAAAGUGGAAAUGCUCCUUCUUCUUUCUUUUUCCGUGUACAAUUGUUUGCUCUCCUUGUUUAGAAACAAAAGUAAAAAUUUCAUAUAUUUGCCUUUUAAAAAAUGAAAUGAAAAUCUAGUGCAGCAAUAAAUAUAUUUUUUUAUCAAUACUAAUAUAUAAGUUUGUAUAAAAAAGUUAUUAAAAAUUAUAAAAAUAUAUAUGAUGGAUUACUUAGAAAUCUGCUACAUUCUGUAAAAUGUUAUAUUGCAACUCUAUUGCCAUCUGUCGAUGCAGAGCUAGAAACCAGAAAUGAAUUGUAAAGUUAUGUUUCUCAAUGUACAUUUAAUUUCAUCGAUUAAAUAAAAAUUUCAUAAUUAAAAAAGUUGUAAGAAAGAAUAAUUAUAUGGACUAUUCAUAUUGCAAUUAAAUUUUACAUAUUCUUGUAUAUAGACAGAGUUAAUUAAAGAUGAAUAACAUAUUAAGGUUACGUUGUAUCGCCAAGUGCUUUAAUACUCGUCAUUUUUCUGCAAAAUAUACAUUAGAUGCCGAAAACAGACAAUUGUAUGAAGAUAUUUUUCCUGAUAUUUUCAUUGAUAACAUAAAAAAGUUAUGGAAAAGUCCACCACAAUGUAUAUACGCUGGAUUCGAUCCCACUGCGGACAGUUUGCAUAUAGGAAAUUUGUUAGUUCUAAUAAAUCUUUUACAUUGGCAACGUUGUGGUCAUCAAGUGAUCAUCCUGUUAGGAGGUGCAACAGGCUCAAUCGGUGACCCAAGUUUUAGAAAAACAGAACGCGUUGAAAUAGAACAUCUUAUACUCCAGGAAAACAUAGAAUGUAUAAGAAAUGAUGUCAAAAAUAUUAUCAGGAAUCAUGCAAAAUAUUUUUGUAAAAACCAUCAACAUUUGGCUCCCAUAAAAAUAUUAAACAAUAUAGAAUGGUAUAAAGAUAUGAAUUUGCUUUCAUUUAUUAAGGACAUUGGAAAGUAUUUCAGAAUGGGUACAAUGCUUGGUCGUUCAUCUGUGCGAAGUAGAUUAGAAUCCACAACUGGAAUGAGUUUUACAGAAUUCAGUUACCCCCUUUUCCAAGCAUAUGAUUGGCUUUACUUACACAGUAAAUAUAACUGCUUGUUUCAAGUUGGAGGUCAAGAUCAAAUGGGAAAUAUAGUAUCUGGUUAUGAUUUAAUCACUAAAUAUACCAAAAAUCAAGUUUAUGGCUUAACGCUACCAUUAAUCACAGCCCAAGAUGGACUAAAAUUUGGAAAAUCUACAGGCAAUGUAGUUUGGCUCUCACCUACAAAAUCUUCUAGCUUUCAACUGUAUCAGUAUUUUAUUAGAAUAGAAGAUGCAGUUGUUGAAAAAUUCCUUUAUUUCUUCACAUUUUUAUCUGUACAUAAUAUUAAACAGAUUGUACAAGAGCAUUUUAAAAGACCAGAACUGAGACUAGCACAAAAAAUUCUAGCUGAAAAAGUUACAAUAUUGGUUCAUGGAGAAGAAGGAUUACUUGCAGCAAAGAGGGCAUCUGCUGUUCUUUAUGAUAAUUCUAUUGAUUCUUUAGCAAAAAUGCAAGCGGAUGAUCUAGUACAGAUAUUAGAUGGUGCUACUGUAGUAGAACUUCUAUCUGAACCAGGUAUUAGUGUUUAUGACUUAGCUAUGAAAGCAAACUGUUUUAAAACAGAUCAUGAUGCAAGGAGAAUUAUAGCAGCUGGAGGUUUCUCCAUUAAUUAUCAAAAAAUUACGAAUUCAGCAGAACUCAUCGUACCUGGAAUACAUAUAUUAAGUAAUAAUAUAUCAUUACUUAGAGUAGGGAAAAAGACCUAUCAUGUUGUACGCUGGUUAUAAAAUAAACCAUUUAUGAUUAAAAUUUAUGUAACUUUAAUAGAAGAUGUUGUCUACUGAUAUUAAAGUAGUAAUUUCUUUCUGAUUUUUAAAUAUAUAUAGUAAUCGUAAUUUUCUUGACAUUAUAAAAAAUAACAUGUUUAAUAAAAAAGUAUUUAUUUUUUAUAAUCUUGAGAUAUAACAAUUUAUUUAAUAAAAAAAUUUAAUAUACGA